UCGCGGAGGGCAAGUUCACAACCGUGAGGUCGCGAUGGGACUGGAGUGGGCCUCGGUUCUCGGCCGCGUCGGCGCCCAGUGGACCAAGGGAGGGGAGGGGGCCUGGGACGCGGGGAGUACGACAUCGCAUAGGCUAGUGCGGAUGAGUCAAUCAUUCGCAAUGAGUCGGAGGGGGGGUGGUUCCGGGGGGGGCGGUGGUUUAGGGGGGUCAGAUUUUAUCCCUGUUUCCGAUGCUGAGAUGGCCAAGCUGAGGAGGGCCUCAUGCGUUUGGAAAUACGUUACGCUGGGGCAACCGGUAGGCACGUGGGACAAGUUUCACGGUGACCGCAAGUUGCGAUGCAACUUGUGCAAGCACCUAUGGCAGAGGAACCAAUCGAAGGCCGCGAGAUACUUCUGCCAGUUGAAGAAGUGCCGUGUUGCGCAGUUCGAUGUGCUCGUUGACAUUUGGAACGACACGGACUACAGAUUCGAUGACCGACAUCACGCAUCCAUCCGCGCAUACAUGGAGGAGCAUGGCAUCAGAGACUCCCGAGCAGUUGCUGGAGGCCGUAUAGGAGCGGAUCCUUGCACUGCAGGUAAGGACGACGUGCAGGACGUGCUUGACGAGAUGGAGGAGCGGGAGGGGGUGGAGUUGCCAGGGGAGGAGGUCGUGAUGACAUCGUGUGGGGAAGACCCUGAUAUGCGAAAGGGGAAAAGGGCGAUGGGGGAGACCGACCGGGCAGCGACUCGACCGGGGAAGAGGGUCCACCAGUCCAAGAACGACGAGGUCUACACUGCGGACAAGCAAUCGGUCUUCAACGACAAGUUUCUACAGUGGAUCUAUGACUCUGGCAUUCCGUUCAAUGCGUUCAGGAGGCAAUCGUGGAGGGAGGUCCGGAAGGCGGCGGAUGAGCUGCCUAGAGGAGUCCAGAUGCGAUUUCCUUCCUUUAAGGAAAUCGGUAGAGAUGGAGUGCCCGAGCAGAGGGCGAAGGUGGCGUCUUUAUUACGGGAGGUCCGAGAGUCGUUCAGUCACAGCGGCGCCACCAUCUUGUCGGAUGGUCGAAAAUCGCGUGAUUCUCAACCCAUCGUGAACUUCCUUGCUGCAGGUGCCAAUGGCGCCCUACUCUACGCCACCAUUUGCCGUGACAGUUCUGUACAGGAGACGGGCGCCAUUGUCUUCCACAGGUGGAAGGCCAUCAUUGAGUCCUUCCCUGCGAAGGACGUCAUAGCUUUCUGUACAGACUCCGCUAGGAACUGCACUUUGCCUCCCGUUUGCUCGCCGCUGACACCAUUAUCCAUUCGAGAUGGCGAGUUCUGGCGCUAUGUCGAGUUCUUGAUUCUUGUGAUGGAGCCCAUCCAUCAGCUGCUGAGGCGGAUGGACAGAGGAGGGAUGAUGAUGUCCAUCGUCUACGAGUGGAGUCGUCAUCUCGUUCAACUUCUGACGAAGCUGGACGUUGUGCGGGCCGAUCUUCUGACCCCGUGCCUGCGAGAGGUCAGGAUGCAGCUCAUGCACUUGUUGGAGCCCGCGCACGCUGCCACUCAUCUCCUUAACCCUCGUCGUCGGUCUCUGAGGUACUACGCAUCCCUCCACACCACAACGGAGGAUGCGGAGGUUGUGCAGGAGUGUGAUCAUUUUCUCCUUGCGCAGACUGGAGGUGAUCCCACCAGCAGGGAUUACCUCGUUACUCGUGACCAGAUGCACCGAUUCCAUGUACGCAGUGGAGACUGGGGUGACAGGCUGGUGUCGGAUGCCGAGGCGGAGGGUUUGCAUAGGGAUCAGGGGACGCACCGUUGCGCGGCGUGGUGGUUUGCCCACGGCACUGCCCACCCUGAGUUACAUGUUAUCGCUAUCCGUGCGAUGCACAUGUGGACGUCAGCCUCUCCCGCGGAGAGGAAUUGGGCGGCCCACAAGCGCAUUCAGACGGCAAAGCGGAGCAACCUUGGCUUCGCUAAGCUGGCACAACUGGUUGAGAUCACGACAAAUCUCAAACUGGCUUCAUGCAGGCAGCAGGGUGGCGGAUAUGUGCUUCCGUGGGUCAUGGAGGGUGUCGACACCGAGAGACGGCUGCCGGACGAGGACGAGGACGGUGACCCCGAGCCUGACGUGUGGGGGCCAGACCUGUUGGUUUCUGCCGUAUUCGGGGAUCGGGUGGCCACUCUGCUCCCUUUCGACCAUGUGCCUCCUCCCCCGUUCCGGGGAGCAGGAGAGGGUUUUGCGGCAGCCGCUGAGGACGAAGAGGACGAUUGGACGGACGCAGAGGAUGUGGCGGGGGGCAUAGACAGGACGGUAGAGCAGGUGUACUUCACGUACGGGGGCGGGUCGGACGGGCAUGCGCCGCGGACGUCCGUCAUCACAGACGAUGUCGCCGGCGGGGCACAGGGUAGUGCCACUCGACACCCUCCAGCGGGUCGAGGUCGUGGCGCCGUUGCUCGCGACGUUCACCCCCCCACGAGGAGAGUUCUAGGGGUGAACUCGAGUGAUGAGGACGAGGGCGUGGCACCUCACGCUGACCGCCUGCGGGACCCUCGGUUCGAUCCGAGCCACCACUCCAGGGAGCAUUCAGAGCAGCUUCAUCAAUCACACAGGUUGGCAGAGCGUAGCGUUCAGGCGUCCCAGCAGCCUCAGGACAUACCGGUCGCGGAAGGGACACCGUCACACAGCGGCCCCGCUCAGGCUGCGACAUCCUCUCUGCGCACCAGCGAUUUCGAUAUCGCGGGUUCACAUGGGGGCUCACAUGUCUUACGAUGUAGAGUCCAUGACAGAGCGGAGUACAGGACGGAUGUGAGGGAGAGGGAGGAGAUUAUUGAGGAGAGGGACGCUCGCCUGGAUCGAGAGGAGGAGGCACGAUUGCAGUCCAUGCCCCGAUGGGAGGGCAGAGAGGCGUAUGAGGCCGAGCAGCGGAGGAAGAGGGAGUUAGAGACGACAGGAGCGGGUCCACCAUCAAGCGUCGGACGUAUGCCGACUUCUGACACGAUGCAGCCCUCCUCUGGGCCCUUUGAUGUUGUGGGUGGUGGUGCUGACACAUGCGGAUUGGAUGCUGGAGGCGGGGGGCAGCAGAUGUGCCAUGCGAGGGUGGUCCUGUCGGGGGUGUCGAGACAGUGGUGGCAGACACGGGAGCUGAUAGUUCCAACGACGGCGAGGAAUGGCGGGACUCAUGGAGGGGAGGAGGGGAUGGUGGACGAGGGUGGUGUGUCUUUGCCUGAGGAGGAGUUGGUGGACGAGGGGAGUGUUCGUUUGCCUCAGGAGGAGUUGGACGAGGGCGAUUCGGCUUUGCCAGAGGAGGAGUUGGUGGACGAGGGCAGUGUCCCUUUGGAGGGCAGUGUGCCUUUCGUUGAUGGCGCGACACAGGAUGACGAGGAGGGAGCAGCGGUCGACGCAGGGCGCAAUGCCUCGUCCGUGCGAGAUGGCGUGACCUGAGGGCAUGUUGAGGAGGAGGUAGCAGCCAUCGACAUGUCCCUCGCGAUUAUUGUUAGGCCCCCUUGGUGCG